AUGGCGAUUACGGCGACUAAAUUGGUAUCCCUCACUCUCUUAUGGAUCCUCGUCCUGUUCGUCACACUUGCUCUCAUUCAGAAAUUAACUGAUGUUGCGGAUCCUAAUGUCAGUGAGCAGAUUGUUGAUGCUAAGAUUAAUCAGGUGGGAGAGGAUUUAGAAGGAGUAACUCACAAAGUUUACUUUGACAUUCAGAUCAAUGGUUCACCAGCAGGGCGCAUUCUCAUCGGUCUGUUUGGGAAGAUAGUUCCUAAAACUGCAGAGAAUUUUCGAGCACUUUGCACGGGAGAGAAAGGAGUUGGAAACAUGGGGAAAUCUCUUUAUUUCAAAGGAAGCAUCUUCCAUAGGAUCAUUCCUGGCUUCAUGAUUCAGGGUGGAGAUUUUACACGAGGCGAUGGGCGAGGUGGAGAGUCCAUCUAUGGCGAUAAGUUUAUUUACAAUGUUUUGUUGUUUCAUUAAUAUUUGGUAUUGUAUUAUGAAUUUUAUUGUA